AUGCGGACAUGCCUUGUGAGAGGCCUUUUAUUAGGCCUAAUAGGCCCUAUAUUGGCAGUGUAUGGCAAGCAGGUUCAUUUGAACAAAGCUGAUAUUACCAAGCAAGUCCAUGGCAUGUUCAGGCAUGCGUACGACAGUUACAUGCUUUAUGCGUAUCCUGCUGAUGAGCUCAUGCCUCUAAGCUGCGAGGGUAGAACACGUGGCGUCACAAAAUCGAGGGGAGAAGUUGACGAUGCUCUUGGAAACUUCCAACUCACGCUUAUCGACUCUUUGGAUACACUUGCCCUUCUUGGGUACGUGGACGAGUUCAAAGAUGCCGUUGUGAAGCUCAAUAAGACGUUGAAUCUUGACGGCGACUUCAUCAUUUCGACAUUUGAGACAAACAUUCGAGUUCUUGGCGGGCUACUUGGAGGUCACGCUAUGGCACUCGAGCUUGCUGACAUGGGCAAAAUGGAUUACGAUAAUUGCAUUCUUCGCUUUGCCAAAAUUAUGGGCGACAAACUCCUUCCCGCUUUCAACACAACAACUGGAAUUCCAAUGUCCAGAAUUAACCUGAAAACUGGAAACGUGAAAAAGAGCCAACCAGAGACCUGUACAGCCUGCGCGGGAACUUUGAUUCUUGAGUUUGCCGCCCUCUCACGCUUUACCGGUGAUAGUACUUAUGAAGAAAAAGCUCGAAUCGCACUUGACUCUAUUUGGAAGAAACGGCAUCACGGAUCAGGACUUGUUGGAACAGUCAUAAAUGUAAACAAUGGCGAUUGGGUCAGAAGAGAAAGCGGUAUUGGGGCUGGCAUUGAUUCUUAUUACGAGUACUUGCUGAAAGCCUACAUUCUUCUUGGAGAUGAGGCCUAUUUGGAGCGAUUUAAUGUUCAUUACGACGCUAUCAAAAGAUUUAUUCAACAAGGACCAAUGAUGAUCGAUGUCCAUAUGCAUCGUCCGACUGAGCAAUCCAGGUCGUUUAUCGACUCUUUAUCUGCUUUUUGGCCGGGUGUUCAGGUGUUGAAAGGCGAUAUUCAAUCCGCUGUUGAAAUACAUGAGCUUCUUUAUCAAGUGUUCCAGAAAUACGGCUUCAUUCCUGAAGCUUUCACUCAUAAAUUCGAUGUUCACUGGGGUCAAAAUCCCCUUCGCCCAGAAUUCGCAGAGUCUACUUACUUAUUAUAUAAAGCUACUCAUGAUCCUUACUAUUUACAGGUUGGCCUCGAUAUCAUCAAUACGCUAGAAACCUACGCUCGAAAACGCUGUGGCUACGCUGGAAUCAAAGAUGUUCGCAAAAAGAAUCACGAAGAUAGGAUGGACUCAUUCUUCCUCGCUGAAAUGUUCAAAUAUCUCUAUCUUUUAUUCGCCGAUGACUCCGAGCUUUUAAUUGAUCCAAGUAAAUUCGUCUUUACAACGGAAGCUCAUCUCCUUCCCAUGUGGUUGUCUUCUUUCAAAAACCACACGAAACAUGUAGAGCCGACUUUCUCGAAGACAAAUCCAGAUGGCUCUCCUGAAAAAUCGUGCCCAAAUCCAAGAGCUGAUAACAAGUCGGGCACGCUUUUUGACACAGCCACGUUGGAAAUCUGGAGAGAAAACUCAAGAGCUUGGAUUCAAAAGAAUUCCAAGGCCAAAAAGUCGCAAAAAAUGAAGUCUCAAGGCAAGGCGGACAUAAACAUGGCAACUCAUAUCCGUCUCCGUGCUAAAGACUACAUUCCAGGAAACGAAGAGCACGAAAAGCUCCUCAACCGGAUGGGAAUUCACGUUGAAAUGACCCAUACCGGGCAAACACAACUAAUUCAUAAAGCUGAACUUGCUGUUUCCACUGCUGCUGCCAACGAAGGGCUUGUUUUUAUGUCAGAAAUGAUCGAGCUGAACAAGGAGGCAGAAAAGAACUCUUCCUUGGAUACGAUGCGUUUUUUCGGAGUGCUCAUCGACGGAAAAGAGGGAUUCACUUCCCUCGCUGGUCCUGCCCAGUUUGGUGAUGACUUCUAUGAAAGUCCUUUAAUAGGAGAAGUUGCAUACGGACAACCGAGCCAUGGAUGCUCCAGUCUUACGAAUCCAAAAGAUAUGCAAGGAAAAAUUGUGGUACUUUAUCGUGGUGAAUGUAUGUUCGCUAAAAAAGUUCUCAACGCAGAGCAAGCUGGUGCUAUCGGUGCGAUCAUUAUUGAUAACAAAAAAGAUACAAGCGCUGAUACAAACACACUGUUUUCAAUGGCUCCUGAUGGCGAGUCAACUGUCAAAAUCGGCUCCGUAUUCUUAGGAAGUAGAGAGGGAAAUAAACUGGAAAAGCUGACUAGAAAAUAUGGUAGUGUUUCCGUACUGUUAAGUCACUCGGAAGUGAACCUGAAACACUUCUACUCCCUUGCUAAGAACCCAAAGCCACACCUUAACGCGUCACAUGAUCCCGACGAGCUCUAG